UAGAGGAACCGUUGGUCGUCAUGUCUCUGCUGUAGCAGAGCACCGUGCUAUAUUGCAUUCGCCUCCAGUUGUCGCUGCACAUUGUUUUGACAGCUGCCAGUUUUAUUUUUUUCUCCUUAUUUUUUUUUUUUUACUGAAGAAUGAGUGAAAACGAUGACAUCGAAGUCGACAGCGAUGCAGACAAGCGAGCACAUCACAACGCGCUGGAGCGCAAACGCAGGGACCACAUUAAAGACAGCUUUCACAGUUUACGAGACUCUGUGCCUUCGUUACAAGGGGAAAAGGCUUCCCGAGCGCAGAUCCUAGACAAAGCCACGGAGUACAUCCAGUUCAUGAGGAGGAAAAACCAUACCCAUCAGCAAGACAUCGACGAUCUGAAGAAGCAGAAUGCACAGCUGGAGCAGCAGGGUGAGCGCCGGGUGCGAGCGCUCGAGAAGGCCAAGGGGAACAAUCAGCUCCAGACAAACUACUCCUCCGACAGCAGCUUGUACACGAACCGCAAAGGCAGCGCGGUGUCGGCCUUCGACGGGGGGUCCGACUCCAGCUCCGAAUCGGAGCCGGACGAGCCGCCCAACAGAAAGAAGCUGCGUGUGGAGCCCUGCUAG